UAGAGGUUUGGAGAUGCCUCAUAGCUGGAAUACUGGAUACAUUGAUGGCAUGCCUGAAAUCGCACCGUUGGCCUCAUCUUUGGCUAGUAGGGAGAUCCGGCGAUCUGGCAGAUCUUGGAGCCAGCUGCUGGCCGAUAUGAGGAAAGAGACUCACAGUGGUCUACCACGUCGUCGAAGUCGCUAUCGUCUGAACCGCAUGAGCAGCAACAGUACGACACCAAGCAUACCUAUACCAGAGUCGCCAUCUCUCGAACAAUAUGAUCCGCUGCAGAGGUAUCAAAACUCGCCGCCAGAGGAUGAUUAUGUGUCCAUGACAGCAGUACAGCAAGCACUACAAAGUACUGAGUUUGAACCGCUGGACCCGAAUCACGUUAGUCAACCGGCCGAGGUCUACUACCCUGGUAGAGGGCGCCGGAGUCGACCCGGUUCUGUGGCAAGUGUAGAGAGUGCCGCAAGUUCUCCAUCAAUGCGUUCUUCGAAUUCAGCAGCCUCGAGUAUUUCUGCUAGAUCACGAUCGGCGCGCAGACGACCACAGAGAGCUCGCAAACCAAAGACACAAUCCGAUAAAGCACAUAUUUUCAAAUGCACAUUCUGCUGUGACACAUUUUACAAGCGGUAUGACUGGUGUCGCCACGAAAGGAGUCUGCACCUGAACCUCGAAGUCUGGAUUUGCUGUCCACAAGGCGGCUCUGUGUUCUCAGAAGCGACUGGCAGAAACCACUGUAGCUAUUGCAAUGCUCUCGACCCCACACUGGAACAUCUCGACAGCCACGAUCACAGUAAUUGUGUAAGAAGCUCACGCCGACAGUUCAAUCGCAAAGAUCAUCUGGUGCAGCAUCUUCGACUGUUCCAUCGCUUACAAACCAUGCCGCUCAUCGAAGACUGGAAGACUCAAGGUCCUAAUAUUACCUCUCGCUGUGGGUUCUGUGAUCGCCGAAUGACAAACUGGGAUGAAAGAACAGAACACAUCGCCGCUCACUUCCGCGCCGGACGUACAAUGAAGGACUGGCGAGGCGAUCACGAAUUUGAACCCGAGAUUGCUGCAAAGGUCACCAAUGCCAUCCCACCAUAUCUCAUUGGCGACGAAACAGAGACGAUCGUGCCAUUUUCUUCAACCAGUCAUGCUGUCAAAGACCAUGUUGCGCAGAUAUCCUCGCGACUUACAGCAAUGCCUUCCGAACCUUCAGAGCCAACAUCGCCUUUGCCACUGACCCCUGAGAUGGAGGCACCGUCAACACAGAGCAACAAUCUGACACUCAACGAGAUGGUGAUAUUCCAUCUUGGCCGAUAUGGUCGACAACAGCUCGGCAUGGGCAUCACACCUACGGACGAGAUGUUUCAAAGUGAGGCUCGAAGACUGCUGUAUGAUUCGGAUGACCCAUGGAACCAAUCGCUUGUUGAUAAUCCUGAAUGGCUGGCAGCCUUCCGCUUGUUGCAUGGUUGGACGAAUACAGGAGCGUGAUGGAUGGGUUAAAUCAGCGGCAUGAGGGUGAGCCUUCUGGUUUGAGGGCAAUAUGAUACUGGCACCUACAUACGCUGUGCAUUCCCAUUAGGUCGAACAUUAGGAUGGCAAAAGAAGCUUUACUGAAGCAGAGCACUUGGAUGCUUGCAUACCGUGGACCGAGACCUGAUCGACCCUGCCAAGAAAACGUGAUUACUUUCAUUCUCGUCCAUCUCACUUUCAUGCUCUCCUGCAUUUCGAGCCCCCCUCACCGCCAAACAGCUAGUGGCGUGGGUAUACUCGAAACAU